UCAGUAUUUGUUGAAGUUGAUCUAUAAUGUGCAGCAUUGGCGAAGAUGAAUUUGGCGAUGAAGGUGGCACACAUGCAAUGUUGCCUGGCUGCUCAGCAACUGGCAUGGUUUUUAGUGCUGGCAUCUGCAGCAAGUGCGACCAAAACUCACUACAGCUUUACAAACUAAACUUUCGAUCGGCUGAAUGUAGAGAAUGUUUUCUCAAGUAUGUAAGGCACAAAUUCCGUGCUGCGUUAGGAGCUGCGAAAGUGCUGCCACGCAAUGCUGAAAUUUUGCUGGUGAUUGAUGGUAGCUCAGAGUCUCUGGUGCUACUGGAUAUGGUUCACUUUGCUCAAACACAAAAUACGUUUAAGCGGUUGCACUGCAAUGCCCGUGUUCUUUACAUUGAUGCUCGUUGUUCGCCCAUCGAGGAAGAAGAGAGUCUUUUACUAGCUCUUAAUGGGCUAAAGCGGCGUUAUGAACCCUUUGAGUUUUAUGUAAUUCAGCUAGAUGGCGACCCCCAAAGCUUACAGUUGCUUAAGGACUACACACCCCGCCAGUUGGACUCGAUUCUGGAUAAAUUUAACAGUUCGACUUCCCGUCAGGACUACAUGCAGCAGAAACGUAAAUUCCUCAUAGGUGUUGUGGCUGAAAAGUUAAAGUGUUCUUAUGUCUUUGAGCCCAGCAUAAGUGUCACCUUGGCUACACAGCUUCUGACAUCCGUGGCUCUGGGGCGCGGGGCAAGCGUUGCGCUGGAUGUCGCCUUGCUGGAUGAUCGUCUGAUGGGAGAUGUCAAGUUGUUGCGUCCUUUGAAGGAUCUCAACGAUCAGGAAGUACAGUUCUAUGUUCAUGCACAAGAGCUUCAAGCAUUUCGUGUGGACGCUCCUAGUCAUUAUCCAUUAUCCGGAGGUUGCCUGCAGAACUUGACUAGGGACUUUGUGGACAAUCUUCAGUUGAAUUAUGCAUCCACAGUGUCGACAGUUUUUCGGACAGGUGAUAAAAUUGCCCCUAAACGAAAUUCCAUAGAAACUCAGGCUUCUCACUGUGCGCUGUGCCAAUCUCUACUUGAUGAUGAAAUCUCCGACACUUUGCUAGCAAUUGAGUACUCGCGUGCUGUCUCCGAAGUCGGCGUGGAGCUACAUAUAAAGAGCAGCUGUGACGUGCUGGAACAACGCGUCUUAGAGCGUUUGAACGAAAGAGCAGAAUUGUGUCAUGCAUGUCGGAAUAUACAAGCUGAGCUAAGUAGCGGCACCUUAAUCUAAUUAAAUCGAAGUUUAUGUCGAAGUA